AUGUCUUCUCCAAACACGUGCGCCAAGGGUUCUUCUUCUUCUGUUCCUCCUGCCUAUAUUACUGGAGCUGGCAUUGAUAAGCAUGCUAUUGAGGUUCGGAGCAAGCUUCACCCUUUUGCCCAAAAGAAUCUGGACGAAAAUGUCCUUCACCUCUUUGAAAACACCCUAGUUCUAGGCCCUCACUGGUUCGGUUCUGUCCCUGCUGAAAUGGCAAAACUGUUCAAAGGUCACCCUUGA